UCAGAAACAAAACGCCAAAAAUAAAACGCAUGUCAAACAGGCCCUAACUUUUUUAAUAUGACCGUCAGGGACAGGAGGAGUAUUUUACACAGCGGAAGUCCUAACAGAAAAAGGUUUACACUUUCUAAAUCAGUAUCUCCCAGUUUCCUAAGUAUAAACUGAGUAGGACUCACUUUCCCAAAUCAGCAAAUAAAUCUUCUGAGCUCACUCCUUCCUCACUUCCUUCAUCACCUCUUUACAAACCAAGAUUCGAUCUUUUCAACACAAACCCACUCGUCCCCAACUCUCCAAAUAAAAAACCCAAAACAGAAUCAAGAAAAUCAACCAUUAUCAUGAAUCUGAGGAAGAAGAUGGGGAUUUCAGUGGACGAUUGUGUGGAGGUAUGCAGCAAAGAAGAUGGGUUUCUGGGCUCCUACUAUUCGGCCAGAGUAAUUGGUAAAUUGGGCAAAGGAAAGUUCAUGGUGGAGUACAUGGAUCUAGAGGAAGAUGAGGAUGGAAAAGAGAAGUUAAAGGAGGUGGUUGAUGCUGCAAAUAUAAGGCCUGUGCCUCCAGAGAUUAGGGUUUGGGGUUUCGAUGUGCUGGCUAAAGUGGAUGCGUACGAUCGUGAUGGGUGGUGGGUUGGUAGGGUCACUGGGACAAAGGAUGAUUCCUAUUACUAUGUGCAUUUUGAUAGCUCCGGCGAUGAGAUCACUUACCCAAUUUCCAGGUUGAGGGUUCAUCAGGAAUAUGAGGACGGUCGUUGGGUUCCUUCUCAGCAAAAAAAGGGAUACGAGGCCACAUUGAAUCCAUUGAUGGCUAAGCGAAGCAGAGUCUCCGGGAUUUGGUGAACUUAACUUGUAGCAAUGUAAUUUGCGAUCAUAUGGAGGCUUUGAAUUCUGGAGAAUGCGGAGCUCACAACUAGAAGAGUAGUUCAAAUGGUUGAUUUAGUCUAGGAUUGUGGAGAACCGGAGGUUGGAAAAUUGAAAAAGGUACUGUAAUAUAAUUCUCCUUUUCCUUCUCUGUCUUCCAUCUCCAAAAAAAAAAAAAAAAAAUUAAGCAUGGUCGUCCAUUUUGUAUUAUGGAUGUGACAUUGUCCAAAAUUGUAUAUUUGUGUGAAAGAAUGAGAUUUUGAGUUUCUUCA